AUGGACUUGACACAAUCCGCCCCCGGUCAAGCCAAGCCUGCUGAAGGCCGACGUGAGAGCUUCAGUUCUCAGAAUUCCCAGACAGCUAAAGAGUUCAUCGAAUCGCAAAUCCGCCUCGAAGCUGAUGCACGCGAGGUGCUGCCUUAUGUGAAUUUAAACCGGUCCUUUGACUCCUGCACCUACGAUCUUGGACCAUUGCGCCAGAAUCUCUUUGCUUGCUUGACAUGCAAUCCUGUUCCGGAACACGACGAUGACCCGUACACCCCCGCUGCGGUUUGCUAUUCAUGCUCCAUCGCCUGUCAUGGUGAGCACGCCCUAGUGGAGCUCUUCAACAAACGCGGCUUCGUCUGUGAUUGCGGUACCACUCGAAUGCCCGCCACAUCUCUGUGCUCUUUGCGCGAAGACCCCAAGACUGGCCGCAAGGGUGUUCAUUCGCAAGAAGCGUCGACCGGCAACAAAUAUAACCACAAUUUCCGAAACCAAUUCUGCGGCUGCGGCGAGAAGUAUGAUCCCCAUCAGGAAAAAGGCACGAUGUUUCAAUGUCUGGGUCUAGGCACAGUUGAAACCGGGGGAUGUGGCGAGGACUGGUGGCACCCGGAGUGCCUCAUCGGUCUUCCGAGAGAUUGGCAUAGCGUCGACAGAAAUACGAAUAAAACGAAGCCGCCUAACGCGGGAGGUGAUGAUUCCCAGGAAGGAGACGCGGAGGAAGAUGAAACCCCUCUACCGCCGGGAUUCCCUGGUGAAGAUGAUUUCUGGCAACUGAUUUGCUUCAAGUGCCUUGAUUCCAACCCAUGGCUUAAGCAGUAUGCAGGAUCACCAGGAUUUCUCCCUCCUGUAUACCAGAAGGGCGGUCUGAACAAGAAACUGGCCGAUAAAAAUAUUCCGCAAGAGACUUAUGAGCAGAAAAAGCCCGAGGAAAAGAAGGACCAAACUGAGAAUCCGAAGAAGAGGAAAGCAGAGGAUGACGAGCCAUCUGAAGAAACGCCAUCGACGAAGCGAACAAAGGAAGAAGGAAAAGGAGAAGUGGACUCGGCGCAAGAUACCAACCUGUCUGAACUUGCUGCGCCCGAAAAAGAGCCCGCCUCCGAACCAAAACAGGACAUUACAUCUACGACUGAGGUCACCAAGCCCAAGCAUGCUUCGCUUCCUGAUGCCGCGCCUAUCGAUUCGUUCUCGCUGUUCGUUAAAGAAGACUUUUACGACCAUCUCUGCCGCUGCGCAGAAUGCUUUCCCAAACUUGCUCCCUUCCCUCAGCUUCGGGAAGAAGAAGAUACUUACGAACCUCCACUUUCCGAUGACGGUGAAGAAGAUGGAGCAGUGAGUACCGGUACCGGUAGUCUUCUUGAGCGUGGUGAGGCAGCUCUCAGCAACGUCGACCGCGUGCGAGCCAUCGAAGGUGCCAUGAUCUAUAACCACCUCCGCGAUAAGGUCAAGGACUUCCUUAAGCCAUUUGCGGAGAGCGGGCAGGCGGUUAGUGCCGAGGAUAUCAAGGGCUACUUUGAGAAGCUCCGUGGUGAUGGGCAGGGAAUCCAAGAUGCGGCAGGGCAGGCAGAGGCCAUGGGUAGUGGUGGUGGUGGUGGAGGCGACGAUGCUGGCAGUGAUAACCGACGCGAGCAGAAUGGAUACUGA